GCAAGAUGGCUGACAAAAACGACGUAAACGAAGUUAAUAGUUGUGAGAAAAAGCGUUCUAUAGACCUGUCCCGUGUCAGAAAUAAAGUAAGAAGAAGUUCUUUGUAUAAACAAGAAAAGCAUAACAAGAAUAAGGAAAAGAGAGAAAGAAAGAAAAAGAGAAAAAGAGAAGAAGAAGCGCUCGGAGAUGAGGCCCCGCCAAAGCAAGUGCCAAGAACUAUUGAAAACACCAGACUUCCUGACGAGACUAUGGUUGAUGGCGACGAUGAAGAGGUCUUACGUGAUGAAGAAACAGAUGAACUCAGUACUUACUUUCAAUGCGAAGUGAAAUCUAAAGUUUUGCUGACUACCUGUAACAAACCCACUGUGAAAACAGUGCAAUUUGUUGAUGCGUUAGAGCAAAUCAUCCCAAACUCUGAAGUAAGACACAGGAAAGGUAUUGACAUAAAGAAGAUAAUUCCUCAGGCGAUUGAAAGAGGGUUUACGAACCUUGUUAUUGUGAAUGAAAAUCAUAAAGAACCAAAUGCUCUAUUGUUAAUUCACCUCCCCGACGGUCCAACCGCGCAUUUUAAACUAAGCGGUAUCAAGUUAUCAAAACAUAUUAAGAAUCACGGAAGAGCAUCAUCUCAUCGGCCUGAAGUGAUAUUAAAUAACUUCAAGACGAGGCUGGGUCAUUCUGUUGCCAGACUGCUGGCGUCAUUGUUUCCAUAUGAUCCUCAGUUUGAAGGAAGACGUUGCGCAACAUUUCACAAUCAGAGAGAUUUCAUAUUCUUUAGACACCAUAGGUACAUUUUCAAGAACUCGGAGAAAGCUGGCCUUCAGGAACUAGGACCUAGAUUUACAUUAAAAUUGAGGUCUUUACAGCGGGGAACAUUUGAUACAAAGUUUGGAGAGUAUGAAUGGAUACACAAGCGCAAAGAAAUGGACACAAGUCGCCGGAAAUUUGUCUUAUGAUAAACGAUUUUUCACUCUACCUGUGGACAACCAGCGCUGGAAGUUACAGAUUCCAUAUCGUGUCCUUGAUUCGUUGAUACAGGCAUUGGACUAGUAUACUUAUAAAUGAUCCACACUGCGACACACUGUUUGGUGUGCAAAUAGAAGAUAUAUACGUGUGGUGGAAAUAAAAAAAAAACUUGCAAGACUGAUUCACGAUUCAGGAAAAUUCUGUAUAGAUGAACUUGCAUGGCCAGCCAUAAAAUAUACUGCAUGUGUUAUUGUGGACAGUGACCAGGUUGUUCCCCGCUGAUAAAAACAUGCAGCACUGCAUGAGCAAAUGUUGUGAUUUACCCAGCAACAUCGUUAUAUCCAUGUUCUUGGGUGCAUCACAACAGUUCAUUCCUGCUAUUUUCAUCGACCGUGGUAACGGCUUUUUGCUGUAUAUAUAAGUACGCUUUCCAUGUAUGAAAAAAUAUUUCUAUAUAUACAAACAAAGUAGUCUAAGCCCUUGGAAUUUGGA